CGGUACGGCAUGGGAAAGGCUGAUUCUUAAAGGACCGAUGGGAGUGAAUGCCCGGACGGUUGACUUUUGUCCCCACCGAGUACACGAGGUGAUUCCCGGUGUCAACGGGGGUGUGCAAGAGCGGCAAGACGGGAUGGGGUAUUCUGGGCAAGAAGGAUCGAAGGCGGGUAAAGGACAUGCGAUGACACGAAGGAGGACGUUCCUCGAGGAUCGCCCACUGGGGAUUGAGCCGCCAAGGGAAGUGACCGGCCGCGUAGAAAUCAGCCUACCCACCAUAAAUGAGAUCCGGUACCCGACGGUGGAUUGGGUCGGGGUCGAGCUUAUGGAAAACACGGUUUACCUGGUGACCAAGGUUGAAUGGCGCGCAGAUGGGGAUGGCGAGUGGAAUCCAGACCCGCGGGGACAUGUGCGUGCGGAAGGGUGGUUGUAUAUGUCGGAGGAUGGAUGGCGCGCAUUCGGAGUCCUACUAACAUCAGGGGAAGAUCCGUUAAACAUGUUCGAAGAAGCAUGGCAGUUAGUGUGGCAGGCGGGGUUCGAGUUCGCGGACCCGAAGUUCGACGACGUAACAGCGAACCUUAGGGUGGCCAUGACCGGGAGUUUCAAUUCGCCUAGGAUAGAAAGGAUGGCGUCAGAAGAAGAGGCUGGGAACCUGUGGAGCAGAGGGAGUCAGGGCACGGAAAGGGGCGUGGAACGAAACGAAGGGUCGGUAAGGGACCGAGAGUCGGCGAAUCCAGAAGGAACCAAGGAAGACGGAAAGGAUCUCUCGAUGGGGGAAAAUUUGGGAAAAGUCGGCGGAAGUAAACGAGGAUCUCAGGAGAGUAAGGAAGGAAGGGACAAGGAAAGGUCAAGUCCGCGAAACUCAGAUGGGGUCAUAUCCAAGAAAGUAAAAGUCUCGGAUGUGCGGCGUAAGCUGGCAGAAAUAGAAAAGCGAACCGUGGAGUAUAAGGCAAAGCUUAUUGAGGAAAUGAUGGCUGGGAAUGAAGGGGACCGUCCAGGGGAGGAACCACGAGAAGAGCGGAGGACCAGCCAGGGCGGAAUCGGGCACGGAAGGAAGGAUAGUAGCCACAGGAGGACUCCUAGCAAAAGAGGGAAGGAGAAAGGGGACUCUCCGGAUGUAGAAGCGAAAAAAGUUGCGAACCCACCUGCCAUAGACAGUGGUGCUAGUCGCUUGCCUGCCGCCCCGAAAAUAACAAAGGGUUGUGACGGACUUUGGUGCCUCAGGGAAAGGGUGUUAGGAUGGUUCGAUCCGGAAGGAACAACGAAAACCAGAGAAAGGCAGAAGGAUAGCAAGGAAGAAGAAAGGACUAGUACGGCGGGCGAAACAGGUAGCUCUGAGGGAGGACUCAAGAAGAUAGUAUCCACCCUCACUCGGGCGCUGAACAAAAAUCAGGGGUACCUCGCGGAUGCCAAGAGGAAACUCACCUUCGAUGGGGCGAACAUUACAGAAUUCCUAAUAGACUACGAGAACCUAGCAGCCUUGUUGAAAUGGAGUGAGGAAGAGAAUAUGGAUCACCUAGGGCAGCACGUGUCGCUGAGCCUGGAGAGGGACAUAAUGGCCAUCGUCGCUGCCAGCGGAUCCUGGAAGGAAACCCGAAAUGAGAUGAUGAGAAAAUACCUAAAGGCAGAGAAAAUGGCAACAGAAGCAGAAUUGGCAGUUAUUCAGAGGAAGCAACUCACAACGACUUCCUGAGGGCAUUUACUGUAGUGGCGUGAUGGAUUCCCGGGGUAACAGACCGGUUCAUGAGCAAGUAUUUCCUUAGACAUUUCUCCGAGUUCGA